AUGGGCUUCUCAUCUAUGAUCCCGCUGCCCUCGUCGUCGCCUUCAUUGUCUCCUUAUGCUAGGAGAAAGAAUAUUAUAAUGGGUUCUCCGGGCUACACUGAUCUGGUAUACUUGAGAACUGGGAUAGCCUCGAAGAAGAACAACAUCUAUAGCUUCAGCAUUGUGGUGCUUGAGCUCGUGAUGGGUUUGGAGGCAUUUUUUGCAGACAAGGGACAAGUCUUGCCCUCGAUGGUAGUUCAAAUGACUAAAGAUGCCGAUCGUAUGGAUGUCGGUGAACUGACUAACAUGGUGGAUCCGAGAUUGAGAGGUGAUUUCGAUGUGGAAGAGGCGAGGGCUUUGAUUGGACUAGUGAGAUUGUGUCUCGACAAGUCCACCCCGGCUAAGCCGACGGCGAGCCGCAUGGUGGAGACAAUGAAAGAGAAGUUCUCUUCAUUUCGUUCAAAAACUAAAACUUGA